GUGUUCCCCCCCCCGCGCUGCCGACUCUUCUCCUCGUGUUCCAGGCUGCUUCCGUGGGAGAAGAAAACUGAGGCGCCGCGCGAGAAGUUUCCCCGCAGAGAUGAGCGACGGCGAUAGCAGCACCUCGGCCUCCCUGACGGAGGGGGAGGGGGGGCGCGAGGCCGACGGCGGCGGCGGCGGCGAGGGAGAAGUGGCGGGGCGGCAGAGCCCCGCCACCAGCGUGUCCAGCUUCUCCUCGUCCCUGCGUGCCGUCGUGCGCAUCAAGCAGAAGUACCUGGCCAUGAAGAAGAGGCGCCAGGAGGCCCUGCUGGGCCCCGGGCCGGAGGGGGCCCCCCUGGGGGCGCCGGGGAAGACCAGCCCCAGGAUCUUCACCUUCGACGGACUGCCGCCGUUCUCCAACCUCCCGCAGAAGAAGAAGAAGAAGAGGAGGAAAAGGGUGCUGUAUCCCAACAGGGGGGGGCGGCGAGCCCCCCCGAAGCAGGAGCAGAGCCGAGCCAAGUACUGCCUCUACCUGCUCUGCGCCAUCGUCUUCCUCCAGGUGUACAACGCCAUAGAGAACCUUGACGACCACGUGCUCCGCUACGACCUGGAGGGGCUGGAGAAGACGCUGAGGAGGGAGGUGUUUGGCCAGCAGGGGGCGGUGGACGGGCUGCUGUUCCAUCUGAAGGACUACCUGUCCACCUACGUCCACAACAAGCCCCUGGUGGUGUCCCUGCACGGGCCCAGCGGCGUGGGCAAGAGCCACCUGGGCCGCCUCCUGGCGGGUCACUUCCGCUCCGUGGUCGGGGAGACGCUGGUGCUGCAGUACUACGUCCUGCACCACUGCCCCCAGGAGGCCGACGCCCUGCGCUGCGCCCGCGACCUGUCGGCGCUCGUCUCGGAGACGGUGGGGCGGGCCGAGGAGGAGGAGAAGAUUCCGCUCUUCGUCUUUGACGAGGCCGAGCACAUGCACGGCGAGAUCCUGGACGCGCUGCUGCGGCUGGUGGCCGCCGAGCGGUCCAACGAGCACCUGAACGCCGUCUACCUGCUGCUGAGCAACCUGGGCCACCGGCACGUCACCAGGCACGUGCUGCACAACUCCUCCGGCGCGGCCGCCGGCCGCCAGGGCAGCCUGGCGAGGGAGCUGACGCCGGCGCUGCGCGACUCCCUGGGGGAGCUGCACCCACUGUGGGCGGAGGCGGAGCUCCUGCCCCUGGGCCUCCUGGAGAAGAGCCACGUGAUGGAGUGCUUCCUGGAGGAAAUGACCCGGGAGGGGUUCUACCCGGACCAUGCCAACAUCGAGCGCCUCGCGGGGGAGAUCGAAUACUACCCCGAGGUCGGGGGUCACGCGUACUCCAAGACGGGCUGCAAGCAGGUGGUGGCGAAGGUCAACCUGCUGUGAGAGACGAUGUUUCACGUUCUUUGAAUCCAGAAAGAAACUUCAUGCGACUCCAGCGGCGCCGCGGCCUCGAAGAGCAGGAGGAUGGAGGAGGGCGAACAGGAUGUUGUGGGACACGUGGCGUGGAACCUGUGGUUUGACCGACGCCCACAAACAGACCCCGAAGGGACAGUUCCACCAGAUCAUGACAAGAAAACAAACCCGUUUCCUGCAGGUGGUUUUGGUUUAAUUGUACGGUUUUUUCUUUUCUUUUAAGAUUUCUGCUUCCAGCAGAAGACCACGAGAUUUAGUUUUAAAACAUCAGUGACUGAGGUACGUUGCCUGUUGUUGGAUGGGUUGGCGUGAUUGUUUGUACGGACAUUCGUGCUCCCCAGACGAUGACUCCUAAUGAUCUUUGCGGUGGUGAAUUUGAAUCGAGGUUGACAUUUGUGACUAAGUGAAAUACCACAGCGGCAAGAAGGAUUUGGUAUAAGAAUCAGGAAACGGGAAACAUUUAUUGCCAAAAUAUGUCAGACAUACAGGGAAUUUGUCGUGGCGGUUGGUGCGUGACAGCAGACAGUGUAACAAUAGACAAGAAGACAGCAGUGCACAAGUAAUAAAAUGUCCUCAGAGGUUGAACCCUUUGGAUUUGAUCAAUCCCGUGAUUUUUCAUUUUGUCCUACAAACAAGUUUUGGUCUUUGAGUUAAUAAUUUCAGCGUCUAAUGAAUGAAUGGCCGUUAAAGGUUGUACUGACAUUCAUGGUCGCCAGAGGAUGACUUUAAUGACCUUGAUGAUCGUUUUACUUUUAAUCCGGCGCCACCGUGAGGAUAACAUUUGUGGCUUUUAGUGACGUAUCUAUUUUUAAAAGCUUUGGGGAUUUCUAUAAAAUCUAGUAUAAAUAUUCAAGGUCCUCAGAGGAUAAAUGCAGAUGUUAAACAUUGAAAUAAGACGUCAGCACGUCAUCAUUGAUAUUUUCAGCAUGUUCGCAUGCAUCGCAUUUUCCCCUACUUGAGAAUCCUAUAGUCAUUAAUGUAAUAACUUCAGGUAUUUUUUUAUGCAUUACUUAUACCUAGUUUUUUUUUUGGUAUUUCUAAGGAAUCUACAAUGUGGAUUUACUGGUAAUAUUAUUGUAUUUAUUGAAUAGUUCUGCAUAGAUAUAAUACACAUUAUAUUUUACUGAGCUGAUGAGAUUUACUGAGUCAAGUCUAUGCUAACGUCUUGUGUUCAGGUAUCUAAAUAUUUCUCAUACAAACCUAAAAGUGUAUUGAGCGGAAUUAAAGACACGUGUUUAAACACGGCUUCCACAUUUUUCCUAUGGAAGCAUAACGUGGCACGUUUUCAUUUAACAAAACUAAUGAAUCCCGAAGGAAAGGUUUAUGUUGGGCGAUGCGCUUAUUUAGUGAGAAUGUCUGUAUGGUAAAUAUAAGCUCAAGCGUGUUGCCGGUUAGCUUAGCUUAGCAUAAAUGCUGAAAACAUGUGGAAUUUUCACUCAUCAGUUAACGUUCCAAAAGAAGUUCUGGUUUUGUUUUGUAACUUUAUAAAGAGAAAAGGCUAGCUUUUAAUACCUACUUGCAGUCCUUAUGCUAAGCUAAGCUAACCAGCUGUGGGUUAAUAUUCAGCGUACAGGCGUGAGUUCUGUAGCAUGUUAAAAGCUAAAAGAUGAUCCAAAAUGUGAAUAUCCUGCUUGAAUUUGUUGGUGUAAAGCCUUUCAGAUUUAAAAAAAUAAAACUCAUUCAA